AUGGAUUUGUUAAGAAGACACGGCGGUCAUGGGCACGGUCACGAAGAGGAGGAGCAUGGCCACGGUCAUGGGCAUCAGAGCGAGGAUUCAGUGAGACAGCACUUUCUCGCAUGUCUGUACUGGAUAAAGAGGAGAGAUGCUGGGGCCAGUUCGGAUACGUCAAUCUCGGCGGUAGAGAAAUUGGUUGAUGCACCGAAGGCUCUUGUAUCAAGAGUAUUUCGACUUCCAGUCCGGUCAGCGACGUUGCCAGUUCGCAAGACAAUUGUCAUUGUCGCGUACACAGCGUUCGUGGCGGGUCUUGUAACUUACAAGUCCAUUCACCACGAUGCCAAUUUCCACGAGCGCAUUGCGUUUCGCGCAGCUUGGAUAACUGCGACACAGACUUCACUACCCUUCCUCCUAGCUGUGCGCGUCAACCCAAUUGGUCUGUUACUUGGAACUUCGUACGAGAGGCUCAAUUGGUUCCACAGAUGGGCAUCAAGGGUCUUCUUCGCAAGCGCAACCAUCCACGGCGGCUUCUUCGCAUGGGAAUGGCUAGCCGCCAGCUUCUUCUGGACCGAGGUCAAGACCGUCAAGAUGGUACUACCGGGCAUUGGAGCGUGGUUCAUCUUAGCUUGGACGGUUGUGUCGACGCUGCCCUUCUUCCGACGUAUGAAGUACGAACUCUUCGUGGUACAGCACAUCAUCUCAGUCGUACUACUUCUCGUCUUUUUGGUCCUCCACGUUCCAGACCAUCACCUCUUCAGCAUCUGGUGCGCCGUGGGCGUUUUUGCAUAUGAUGUAGUAACACGCUCGGCGAACCCGAUCUGGCGGAACCUGCGGCUUCGGGUUUCGGCGAAUCCAUCUGUGCGAUACGCAUACGACGCCAGUAUCCAAGCAGUCGACGACGAAUUAACCACCAUGACUAUUCGAAAUGUUGGGUUCAGCUGGAAGCCGGGACAGCAUGUUUUGAUCUGGUUGCCGACUUUGCGAUGGGAGACACCGCAUCCGUUCACGAUUGCUAAUAUUCCGGAUUCUGAAGGGAAGAGUCAGAGUCAGGAUAUUCAACUUACGAUCAAGACGAAGACGGGAUUGACGAGGGAUCUUAAUGAUUGGGCGAGAAGAACAGGGCUGAGGGGUGAUAACGGGAGUGCGAGGGUUAUGCUUACAGGGCCUUUUGGCGCGGCGCCCAAUUGGAAGCAGUAUGAGAAUGUUGUUCUUGUCGCUGCGUCAACGGGAGGAUCGUUCACCACGCCUGUUCUCGAAGAUCUGCUUUCGACACAAUCGCCCGGGUGUGUUCGCAAGAUCAAUGCUUUGUACAUUGUUCGUCGGAGGGCGCAUGCGGAACCUUAUCUUCAGCGCAUAUCACAUGUGCUGUCGAGGGCGAAGGAGAUGGGAAUCUCUGUGAACGUCCAAGUUGCUGUGACAAAGGGCGCUGGCACCAUAUCCGAUGCCGUUCUUCGCGACGACGCGAAUGCGAGUCACGAGAGAUUGAUAGAAGAGCCCACAAGAGGCCCAAGUGUUGAACUGGAGCGCUUCUCAAUAGACUCCAGUGCCGCUUCGGAAAGCGGUAGGGAGGAACAGCUGCUGAAGGAGGAGAUGGACUUCGACGGGGCGCACGCUUCGGCCAUUGAGCACACAGAGGGUCGUCCCGAGAUCGCGACGUUCAUCAGAACGGCGGUUGGGAGUGUUCCUGGUAAUGUUGCUGUCGCUGUGUGUGGCGGUGAUGCGAUCGAGAAGGUCGUCAAGACGAGUGUCGCAUUGAUGAAAAGGGAGAGGAGAAGAGAUGGAGCAGACGUCGGGGACAUAUACUUGCAUGUGGAGCGAUCUGAUAUUUAA